CUUCUCCAUUCGAUACCCAUCAUCCCCUCUCCUCCCCUCUAUUUUCCUCGCCGCCCAUUCUCUCUCCUCUUCUCUUCUCUCCUCUCGUUCUCCGCCCUCCCCGACGGCGGCCGGCCACCGCCACUGGCCCACCUCCUGCGGCGAGAUCUACUCGGCGGCGCUGCCCUCCUCGGCGGCGAGCCCUCCUCAAGAUCGCAAGGUCUUAUCAAUGUUAAUGGACAUGGAAUAUGUUGCUUGAUCAAGUAUUGAAGGGUUCUAGAUCUUGUUUCUUUAUCAAUUAGCAAAGUCAAAGUUAAUUAGAUAAUAAAUAUAGUCUAUAGAAACAAUGGAGAUACAAACUUCUGGGAAACCUAUUGAUACCUUGGUAGAGAAGGUGCUCAGCAUGAAUAUCCUUUCUUCUGAUUAUUUCAAAGAGCUUUACAGAUUGAAGACUUACCAUGAAGUUAUAGAUGAAAUCUAUAAUCAAGUUGAUCAUGUGGAACCAUGGAUGACUGGCAACUGUAGAGGUCCUUCCACAGCAUUUUGUCUUCUCUAUAAAUUUUUUACCAUGAAACUCACUGUCAAACAAAUGCAUGGACUACUGAAACACCCUGAUUCUCCAUAUAUUAGGGCUAUUGGCUUCCUCUACUUGCGAUAUGUGGCAGAUCCAAAGACAUUGUGGACUUGGUGUGAACCCUACAUCAAAGAUGAUGAGGAAUUCUCUCCUGGGUCUAAUGGUCGGAUGACAACCAUGGGGGUAUAUGUACGUGAUCUUCUUCUUGGACAGUACUACUUUGAUACUCUUUUCCCCCGUGUGCCUGUCCCAAUCCUGCGCCAAAUUGUCUCCAAUCUGGAGAAGAUGAAGCUCCCCACCAAGACCUCUGGGGCUACUGGAGAGUCCACUCGUCAUGGCUCAGAUGAUACUGCUCGUCGCCCUCCUUCUGUGAAAGCUUCUUUGUCAGUCUCUUUUGGUCAGCGUGCUCCACAUCGUGCAUCCACCAGGGACUCAUCCCCAGUCCGAAGGACCUUACCAACUGUGCACGAAAGAAGCGACAGCGAGGACCUUCGAAGAUCAUCCCCUAGUAAUCGUCGCAGUCACAGUCGUGAAAGACCUGAACGAGAUCAUUCAGAUCGGGACCGGGACCGAGACCGAGAUCGGGACCGAGACCGGGACCGGUAUCGGAACCGGGAACGAGAUAGGAGGCAUGAAUAUGAUCGACAUGGUGAUCAUGACAGUAGAGAUAGGGACUCUCUCCGGUCCAGAUAUUCAGAGAGGGAUAGUGGGAGGCGGGAUCAUGAAAGGAGUGUGCGGGACACUGACCGACACAGACAUUCGAGCUCUCGUCGGAGUAGAAGCAGGAGCAGGAGCCGAAGUCGGAGCAGGAGCAGGAGCCGGAGUGUGCAAAUCCGUGGUGCAAACUCUGACCAUCGCCCUAGUCCAUUGAGAGAUGGAAGCAAAGAGAAGACAGCUAGUGUUUCAAGCAAUCUGGCAAAGCUGAAGGAUUUAUAUGGUGAUGGUAGUGACAAGCAAAGUGAAGGUACUGAAAGGCUUCGUAGGGAUACAGGCACUGAAGAGGUGAUCAGAUUGGGGGGGUCUUCUUGGAGGUAAAGCAAAGUACUUAAAUGGAAUGAGCUGGUUUUGUAUGAUAAUUUUCGACCAUUACCUAUGGACAUAAUGAAAAUUUGAUGGUGGAUUUGCUUUCGUUCUGCAUGAUCCACUGGUAUGUUCAAGGGUAAAAGGUUCAAGAAGGCACCGGAGGCUCUCAACAUGGAAAAAAAGGCUCCUCCCCUAGUUAAGGGCAUGAACUUUCAUACUCUUGUAUCGACCUUUAUAUAUAUAUUUUUUAUGGGGUGAACAUGAUGGCUUACAGGUAGCUUUUAGAAAGGGCUAUUUGCAGGCAUUGGUACUUUUAUUCAUUUUGGGUACUUCAUUAAGAACAUGUUGCUUUGCUUCCUGCUUCUGCUUGAUAGGCUGGUUUCUGUCACUUGUAAUUUGUGUAACUGAUGAAUCCUCUCUCAGAUUUUCUUCCCCAUGCUGUGAUUUUUAACUCCAAUACUAUUGCUAUUAAGUUGCUAAUUA